AUGUCUAAGAAAAAGAAAGGCAAAUAUCCUAAAGGAUUAAAUCCUGUAAACCCAGGUUAUCUGCUAGAUCCAAAAAGUAGUUCUCCAAGAGGGAGAGACCAACUUUUGGGUCUGUUAGGAAGGACAAGAGUUGCUGAAGUGAUAGGCUCAUAUAGUGUUGUAAUUGCAAAUUCCAACACAGCUUCAUCUGCUCCUAAUGACUUAAACUCUGGUGGAUUUCGCAAGAUUGACUCUGAUAAAUGGGAGUUUUUCAAUGAAGCUUUCCAGCGAGGAAACAGACAUCUUCUCAACAACAUCCAAAGGCGCAGACCACCUCAAUCCCAACAAGUUGGUACCUAUAUUAGGCCUCCUUCUGAUGCAACUAAGGCUGGGCUUGAAUUUGAUAUAGAAAAACUAAGGAACGAGAGGAGUUUUUUGAUGCAAGAGGUGGUUGAGUUGAAGCAACAGCAGAGAACAACACUUCAACGUGCGAGGCAAGAACAGAGAGAUAUAGGGUCUUCUAAAGUCAGGAGAAUUGUCAAGCAGCACCAAGGCCAAACAGGAAUAUCAGAUUCUUUGAAUGAAGGGCAGAUUGUAAGAUACCAACCUGAUUGGAGAAAUAUAUCCAUCUCUUCUCAAGUACUAGAAGUGUAUCCAGUUUCACUUGAAGAGUCUCCAAAAUACCUUUCUCAGGCAUUGGCAAGAGAAUUGAGUGAAGGCGUUGAGAAUCUGACAUCAGAUGAAUUGGCCAUAGUGCAUGAGAUUGUGCCAGCUGCUGACACCAUUGGGUUAAAGUCAUCAAGCUUUAGACUUGUAGAUACCCUUUUCAAAGGGAAAAAUGUCACGAGCUCAAAUCAAGAAGUUCUUGCAGAUGAGUUUGUUUCUUUUGCAAAGGAUUUGACCAAUGAGGCAGAAUUUCCAGAGUUUUCUCCUCUUGGAACUGAAGAUAAAUGGAACACCAGCUUUAAUAUUAGUGGUGCUCCUUCAAGCUCUGACAAUGAGCCUUGGGGGAAUCCUAUCAAUUACGAAGUGCCAGAAUUUGGAGUCACAACUGGUAUGUCAGACAAGUGGGAUAUUAGCUCACUUGUAAACAACAAAAAGAAAUGA